ACUACAACCCCACGCCGUUUAAUAUACGUCUUACUGCAGUGAAGAAGUCUGAACACUUGGCAUGAAGAGACAAAAACAGAGGAAAGAUCGUUUAUAAAACCAGCUCAGCUCCCCUUUCUCCUUCACCAGCAUCUGCUGUACUUGAGACAGUAAUGGUAAGCUGCUGCUGCUGCUUUCACUGCCCCUCUGUUUACCCUGUGUAACAUGUUAAACAGUACUGAAGUGUGAAACUCUGACAGUGUAGAAGUUAUGGAUCCCAGGAGAAGCAGCCUUAUGUUCAGGCAUGUGCUGGUGGUGUGCAGGCUGGCUGGGAGGAGAUGUUUAUUAUGGACAAAUCAUAAUGAACAAAGGUUUAUCUCUAUUCAGACAAAGCACCCUUUUACAUUAUUAAACCCACUGUUACCCUGCCCUGCUCAGAGUCUGAAGACUGCAUACAGGAAUUUACACUCACUGCAGUCCUAUCUGCAGAGCAGGGCUUUCUCUCUGACUCUCUCUCAGUUCAAGAGUAAAAAUCACAGCUCAGGUGAUGAAUAUGUGGAUGAAGUUGAGGGAGAGAAUGAAGAGGAUUUUAUUGGAGACACAGAGGUAGAAGAGUUGUUUCAGCAGCAGGUUCCCACAGGUAUAGGAGAAGAGGACCACAGGGUCUUUAUCGUACACCCUGAUGUGAAAUGGGGACAAAAGAAGCAGUACCUGACCACAGCUAAACUCCAAAUGGAUGAAGCCAUUGGACUGGUGAACACCUUACAGAACUGGAGCGUUGUGGACAAAAUCAUCCUCUCUACCAAAACACCAGAAAAGAAGAGAAUUUUCGGCAAGGGGAAUUUCCAGCUUCUCACAGAGAAAAUCAGAAAAACGGCUGGUGUUACGGCUGUUUUUAUGAAUGUUGAGCAGUUGUCACCAAUGUCUGAGAAAGAUAUGCAGGAGGCCUGGGGAGUGAAGGUUUUUGACCGAUACUCGCUGGUCCUGCACAUUUUCCGCCGCAAUGCCAGAACAAAAGAGGCCAAACUGCAGAUCUCUCUGGCUGAGAUUCCUCUGCUCAAGUCACGACUAAAGAAUGAAGUUGCAAACCUGGACCAGCAAGGCGGAGGUUCAAGGUACAUCAUGGGUUCAGGGGAAACUCUGUAUGAGGUUCAGCAGAGACUUCUGAAGGAGCGUGAGCUGAAGAUUCGCUCAGCCCUUCAGCGACUGAGGAAGAAGAGGCACCUGCUCCGCUCCCAUCGCAAGCAUAAAGACUUUCCAGUUGUCUCUGUUAUGGGCUACACAAACUGUGGGAAGACCACACUAAUUAAAGCUUUGACAGGUGAUUCUGGACUCCAACCAAAAGAUCAGCUGUUUGCCACUCUGGAUGUGACGGUGCACGGAGGACAGCUGCCCAGUCACAUGACUGUACUGUAUGUGGAUACAAUUGGUUUCCUUUCCCAGCUGCCUCAUCAGCUCAUAGACUCCUUUUCGGCAACAUUGGAGGAUGUGGCACACUCCGAUCUCAUUGUUCAUGUGAGGGACAUUAGUCACCCAGAGACCGUGAAUCAAAAAGUGAAUGUGCUGAACGUUCUGAAGAACCUUCAGAUCCCAGAAAAACUCAUGAACUCCAUCAUAGAGGUGCACAAUAAAAUAGACCUUUUUGAAAGUUAUGUGUCGUCUGAGCCUGAGGCUGUGCCUAUAUCAGCACUGAAGGAGAUGGGAUUGGAGGCGCUAAAGCAGAGAGUUGAAGAAGCUGUUGUAAAGUCAACUGGGAAACAAACCAUCACUCUGAAGGUUCAGCUCAACAGCCCACAGUUAGGUUGGCUGUAUAAAGAAGCCACGAUCCAGGAGGUGUGUGAUGUGGGAGAUGACUGUACUGCCAAUGUCAAGGUGAUCAUCAGUGCUGCUGCAUAUGGCCGCUACAGGAAGCUGUUCCAGGUCACUUAGUAACAGCAGGCUUGUCUCGGAGCCAGAAUAAUUGUUUCUAUUUUUGAAGUCAAUUACUCUCUGAGAUCAUGAGCUGGAAAAAUAUUUAUUUAAUUAUGCAAAUAUAUUAGGUUUUCAGUGUAAAAAUGAUUGUAAGUACAAGUAAACAAAAUGGAAAGUUUGUACCAAAGUAUGUAAACAAUAAAGCAACCUUUAUCCUACCCUUCA